CGAAGCCCAGCGCAGAGCCGAGCGCAGAGCGCAGCGCGCGGAGACAACCCAGAGACACCCACCGACGGGCGCAGCCGGCGCGAGCCGGGCCAGAAGGCGCGCUCCGGGCACAGCAAGCCGAGCCGGGCGGCGUCUCAGGGCCGCCGCACGGACGGACAGGCGCCGUCUCCGCGUCCCUGCUCCGUCGCCGCGCCGCUCCAGCCAGCAUGAGGCUCCUGACGGCCGCACUGGUCCUGCUGCUUCUGGCGCUGUGCGCCGCGCGCGUGGACGGGUCCAAAUGCAAGUGCUCCCGGAAGGGACCCAAGAUCCGCUACAGCGACGUGAAGAAGCUGGAAAUGAAGCCAAAGUACCCGCACUGCGAGGAGAAGAUGGUUAUCAUCACCACCAAGAGCGUGUCCAGGUACCGGGGUCAGGAGCACUGCCUGCACCCCAAGCUGCAGAGCACCAAGCGGUUCAUCAAGUGGUACAACGCAUGGAAUGAGAAGCGCAGGGUCUAUGAAGAAUAGGAUGAAAAAACCCUGAUAUGAAAACUCCAGACUGGUUGGGAGACUUAAGCAAAGGACUUCGCAGAUUAAAAACAAAAACAAACCUUUCUUUCUCACAGGCAUAAGACCCAAAUUAUAUAUUGUUAUGAAGCACUUUUUACCAAGGGUCAGUUUUUACAUUUUAUAGCUGUGUGCAAAAGGCUUCCAGAUGUGAGACUUGUCUCCUGCACUCCAGACUCCACCAUAGGCUGUUUUUACCGAAAAGGGAAAAACUCAUGCCUUUCCUUUAAAAAAAAAGUACUUUUUUGUAUUUGUCCAUAUAUCACUAUGUUUGCCUCUGAGCUUUAUAAGCACCUGGGAGGGACAAUGAGCUUGGUUGAAGCAUUUCAUAACAGUUGUUCCAUUCCUAUUCCGGGAAGCUUCCAUUCAGAGUUCCUGGGGUCUCAGUGCAGCGGCCACAGGCUGUCCUGGGCUCAUGGUGGGUCACAGCCACAGUGUAACUCUGCCGGGGCCCCAGUCACCAAGCUAGCAGUAGCAGGUCUGUCUGCAUCUGUUCUUUGAGGAACUCAAGUCUGGCUGCCAGAGAAAUGUGCUUCAUUCCCCCAGUUAAUUUUUACAGACUUCAGAAAUACAUUUCCAAGAUCCUGUGAUAGCAAAGCAAAUGGUCCUUAAGGAAGGUGUUGGGUCUUUUCUCCAAACUGAGUGUUGCAGAAGGUUUGCUGCUUCAAUAUUUAAUGCUUCCAGAAGCAUGUGAGGUUCCCAGCACUGUUAGUGAAAACCUUAGGAGACGACAGAAGAAUACGCUCGCAAAAUACAGCUACAGACACACACUCUGUUGACGAGGAAAAACCUUCAAGGCAUCCCUUUCCCACCCCACGAUGGAACACGCAGUACUAAAGCAAUGUACUUGGGAGUCCCCCAUGUAAUUCAUCAACGUUAAACAGGGCAGUCCUCAUCUGAAAGCUAAGAUGACCAAGCACCCCUUCCUUGUAAAUAUGCUCUAAGAACGGCCCCCCCCCACACGCUCCCCCUCCAGUAUGCGUCACCUUGCACUGCUGUGUUACAUGCCGUGUCAAUGUCAGAAACCAGUAGUGUUGCAUGCAGAUUUCAUAUUCUUUCUAAGACAAAAAGAAAAGUAAUAAAAUAUAUUUGAAAUGUACCAAAAUUUCUAGGCUCCUGGCUUUUCUAUUCAGUUAAGCUAGGG